CUGCAGGCAGCAAUACCAACGCUCAGCCUCCCUCGAGACUACCACGGGAGUCGCCGCAGAUCAUGACUUCCUCGCCAUACACGGCCUCGUACCUCCCGCCGUAUACAACGCUCUGGUCUCAUCCUCCUCCGCCUCCUCCCAAGCGCCCUGCAUCCCCACCGAGAAGGGCGGGAGCUGCCUCUGCCUCUGCCUACGAUGCGCGGACGCAGGUGUACCUCGCAGAGCUGCAGCAGAGCUCACAGGCCAGAGCCCAAUGGUAUCAUGCUAGCGGAGUGCAUCUUCCCUCUAGAGCGAGCAGGGAGCUCGUCUCUGAUUUCUUACCUCCAGGCGAGGGCACUAGCAGAGCUGCUGCCAACAGUGGGUCAAGGCUGGCCUCCGGGCCAGCUAUGAGGCAGGGAAGUGCGAGAGACCGGUGGAGGGCUCGGUGGAGUAAAGAAGAUGUCAGGAUGAGGGAGGCUGCCGAACGCGGCUGGCAUUGGAGCGGCAGUGGAGUCACUCAGGAGGAGGAGAAGGAUCUCAACGAGGAAGAGGCAGAGAGGCAAAAUUACCGCGAUGCCCUGUUGGCGUAUGGUCGCAACAGCAUUGUCGUCCUUGGCCGAGGCCGCACAACGCACGAAGACCAGCUCGACGCCGAAGAGCGCGAAGCACCCGUCACCAACUUCGCGACAUCUAGCGAUCCACCUGGAAACACAACUGAGGGUCAAGCGUCAGAAAUGGCCGAUGGACAAGGUGGAGGAGGGCGCAGAGGCAGGAGAGGAAGAGAGCCAGGCAGAGGACAAGCUGACGAUGAUGCCGCCUUCGAAGGCGAAUACACCCUUGAUAAUGGGAUGGACGCUGAUGGAGGAAGCGAAGAUGAGGAUGAUGGAGGCAUGCGAGGAUCAGGCGGUGGUAGGGGUAUGUCUGGAAAUCUAGAUGCUGGUAUCGAAAGUAUGGGAUGAUACGGUACAGGAAUGAGUCGGGACGUCUACAAUACUACAUCUAUACCCUCGAGACAGGAAGCUCUAGGGAGCCCUGUCUCAGCCCAUCAAUAGCUCGAAUGCAUUCUUGCCGCUCUUCCCAGUAUUCUG